GUUGCCUACCUAUUACUACAUUGACCAGAAUGGAUCUUCAGAAAAAAAUAUUCUGGAUUCCCUAUAUACUACAGUGGUGCCAUCUAUUGGCACUGUGCCUCGCCAAAGGUCCUCCCUUUAUUAACCAGACUGCUGUCUCUCAUAAACGUCUCAUUGCCUACAUUGGAAAGAACUUUAGAAUCCGCUGCCCCAUCACUGCCAUACCUCCACCCUACAUGCAGUGGAGUAAAGAUGGACACACUAUCAACAUUGCAUGGGAGAGGUUUCGAAUCCAGGAGAUGGGACUCCGCAUUAAAGAUGUUGAAAUUGAAGACAGUGGAUUGUACACAUGUAAAGCAACCAACGGUUUUGGCAGUGUUCAGCUCAACUUCACCCUUACAGUUAUACCUGAGAAGAAAGAAAGUAGCCAACAGAACAAUCUCUACCCUCACCAACUGGACCCUACAGGAGCAACUGAGCCCCGUUUCCUGCACCUGAGUAAGAUGAAAAAAAAGUCAAUCCCGCGCCCGGUUGGAAGUUCCAUAAGGUUCCGAUGUCGAGCAAGUGGUAACCCACGGCCGGAGAUACAAUGGCUGAAGGAUGGUCAGAUGUGGACAUCUGAUAACAUGGGCAACUAUCAGGACAGUAGACUCCGUUGGACGUUAAAGAUUGAUGAUUUACGACAAGAGGACAGUGGCCAGUACACUUGUGUGGUCACUAACAUCCAUGGUACCAUCAAUUAUACAUAUUCUCUGGAAGUUGUCGAAAAAGUUCAAAGAAAGCCGCAGCUGCUGCCGCCACACCCCCUCAACCAAACGGCUCAAAGGGGGGAGCAGGCGUCAUUCCAGUGUCAUGUCAAAAGUGAAGUCCAACCUCACAUAAAAUGGCUGAAAUGGGUCGAUGACCCCUCCACCCUUUCCAAUGUCAACCACACCAUUGAAGUGAAAGGCCGGAAAUUUGUUGUACUAAAAUCUGGUGAAAACUGGAAACGACCGGAUGGUUCUUACGUGAAUAAAUUGACACUAAAAAGGAUCACAUCAGAAGAUUCAGGAUUAUACAUAUGUUUAGGGGCCACAAGUCUCGGGAUCAGCAGCCGACAGGCUUUCCUGAAAGUGCAUCCAGAUCCAAAGCUUUAUCGACCAAACCAAAAAAUUCCUCCGUCCACCUCCGGAAUCCCUCUCCUCGCCAUCUGUAUUCCUGUUGUUAUGCUUGCCAUUAUUAUUGGAGCUGUAUUCCUUGGUAUCCGAUGCCAUGGUUGCUGUUCACAGACUUCACACAGCUCCAACCACCAACAUGUCCAGCACCUUCCUGUACCGACUAGCCACCAUGAGUACCCAGUCAACUACCCACAGAUGUCCGCCUACCACACCCCAAACAUCCAUGCUGGCUCCAGCAGUAUGUCCGGCAGCUCCAGCUGCCGCGUCGCAUCGUCCUCCAUUCCUCCACUCCGUCACUAAUGCCAACACAACUAGAGACAAACUCUUUUACAGUGGCUGAGUAGAGGCACGUAGAUAUGGCAGGGUGCCACCUGUGACACACAGACAAACUCUAUUCUUUAAGUAAAACUGCUGAAGACAACCAAAAAUAUGGGGGGAUGGGGGAACAGCUUUUCUGGAAUCUUCUCUUGCCAAACUCCUGACCUUGAGGAGGCACGCAACGAUGGCGUGAAGAAGGAACUGACCAAGGAAAAUUGAUUUCUUGAAUCUUUUAAGACACAAAAGAAAGAAAG